AUGAACAUCACAUAUCUGGACCUGAUCUUGGAGGACUUGAAAUGUCACCUCGCUGCGGGGAUCGGUUGCGGGAAUGAGACCAACACGGGCCUCCAAUGCGGCAAAGGGCACGUCGCCGAUUACUUCUGCGAGCUGAACAUAGACGUGCAAAAUGAGACGACUUACAGCUGCUUCAGAUGCUCCAACAAUAGCCUGGAUCAUAACAUCAACUACACUGUAUGCAACACUAGAUUCAAACUCAAUAUGUUCUCUGCAAUCUUCGAGAGCGCUGUAAAAAGCCUAUGGUUGAAACUGCCCGCGUUCGACGUGUGCGAAUGGGAUACGUUAUUUUGCUUUAACGACAGCCCCGACAGGACGUUGUACACCGACGCGAACUAUAGUGAUUUCAAUAGGAGUGAUAUUGAGACUUUUCAAUGUACGUGGAACAUAAAGAACAUCACAGACAACGUGACCGUUGCUGCGGGCUACGAGUGGAGUUUUUUGUUUGUGAUAUUGUUCAUAAUUGCGGGCGGCGUGGGUAAUAUUCUAGUAUGUUUAGCAGUGUGCUUGGAUAAGAGACUACAGAAUGUCACAAACUAUUUUCUACUGUCGUUGGCGAUAGCGGACUUGCUCGUUAGUUUAUUUGUAAUGCCCAUGGGCGCAAUUCCCGGCUUUCUAGGUUACUGGCCACUAGGUGUUGUUUGGUGUAACGUGUACGUGACAUGUGAUGUGUUGGCUUGCUCGGCCAGCAUCAUGCACAUGUGUUUUAUAAGCAUCGGCAGGUACCUUGGUAUAAGGAAUCCGCUUAAAAGCAGGCAUCAUUCAACUAAGAGGGUGGUUGUAAUUAAAAUCGCUCUAGUCUGGCUCUUAAGCAUGUUCGUAUCUAGUUCAAUUACAGUUUUAGGUAUAAUUAACCGCACCAAUAUAAUGCCGACACCUGACUUGUGCGUCAUCAACAACCGCCUUUUCUGGGUGUUUGGUUCGCUGGUGGCUUUCUACAUUCCCAUGCUGAUGAUGGUCGUGUCCUUUGCGCUCACUGUUCAGUUGCUCAAGAGGCAAGCGCUACUCGCUGCUACUCCAGUUCCCGGGGGAACGCAAAGGAGACAAUGCGGCGGAUUUGACACAGGCCCGGGUUUAGGUCCACGCCGAAUAGCCGCCAAGAGUUCUCCAGACUUGUCCCCUCGAAGCAACAUGUCGAGGCAAAUGACUUGGAGAGUAACGUCAAGCACUAGAUCGCAGAGGAACAAAAUUGGUAUGAGCGUGUCGAAUCCCCAGCUGAGCUAUAUGAACGGCUGCGGCAACGGCAGUGGAUCUGGAAGUUCGAGACGGGGCCGCGAUGUCGCCACGCAGACACCACCGAGCAUUGCGGCAGAAACGAGAAGAGCGCGCCUAAGACCGUUGAAGCUGACCCUCGCGCCUCCCAAUGCUCUGAAUCUAAGGUUUCUGACCAAUCGUAAGAAGGGGCGUUCUCUGUCGGCGAAUGCAGUUGCUAAUGAACAGAAAGCCACUAAGGUACUUGGCUUAGUCUUCUUCACAUUUGUCCUGUGCUGGGCGCCGUUCUUCCUUCUUAACAUUUUGUUCGCGUCGUGCCCUGCCUGCAUAGUGCCGGAGCACAUAGUUAACGUUUGUCUAUGGUUGGGUUACGUAUCUUCGACCAUAAAUCCAAUUAUCUACACGGUGUUCAAUAGAACAUUUAGAGCGGCGUUCUUGAGACUUCUUAAGUGUCAUUGUAGCAGAAGAGGUCACUGCACUCGCUACAUGUCUGUUGGAUCCACGCGUGGCGCCUCGCAGCUCUGCGCUCGGUCUGCUUUGCCCUUGGCGAUUUCACUCCGACCGUCAGUAGUCACCUCCUCAUCACCAGCUACCCGAGAAACAACGGAAUCUGUUCUGAUUGAAGCCCCUCUAUCGGGCUAUAACAUGCGUUAC